AUGACCUUCGUAUCCGAGAUCCUCUCCUUGAGUUUCCUUCUCGUCACGUUGACCGCUCUGAGCUCGGGCGGUCCCGUCAGGCCUCCCGAGAGUCGUCCCCGCAGGCAUAAACCCGUCCGGGAUGCGCGCGACAUUGCGCUGCUUGACCCGCAAGACUUUCUCAGCCACUUUCUGUCCACGCUGAACCUCACGGGGCAGAGGAAACUGGCACCCGGGCCCCGAGCCUCCCCGGAGGAGCCGCCAGAGUUUAUGCUGGAACUCUUCGAGCGAUUCGCCAACGAUCGCGCCGCCGUGCCCUCGGCCAACAUUGUGCGCAGUUUCAAGAACGAAGAUUCUUCCCCCUCUGGAGUGACAGCCGGCGGCGCGAGGAGACAUCCCUUACUCUUCAACAUCUCCUUGCCCCGCCACGAGCACGUCGCCACAGCCGAGCUUCGCCUUUUCACUCUCGUCCAGAGGGCCCAAAGACCCUCUGCCGGCCUAGAGUGCAAGGUCACCGUUUACAAAGUGCACGACGGCGUGGUUUGGACCAGGGAGGUCGGGAAAGAGGUGAGAAGGCGGGAUCAAGAGGAGGAGUCCAAGGACCCGGAGGAACUGGUUACCAAGUACAUCCACGCCAAAGAUAGCAGCUGGGUGUCCUUGGAUAUGACUCACGCGGUCGCACUCUGGCGGAAGUACGGCCACGCGAUGCACAAACUGGAGGUCCGUGUCGCGAUCCUGGGGCCCGAGGAGGCGGUCACGUGGGACCAGGGCGAGGUCUCUGUUGACAUCGGGCGAAGCGUGGAAGGAAAACACAACGCGAUGAUGAUCGUCUACUCGGACAAUGCGAACGCGACCGACAACGCGCACGGGGGGGACCGCCCCGAGGACGGCGAGCCGAGGCCGCUCCGGCCGUUUGCCGACCGCGACCGGGACGGGCCCGAGCCCGUCCGCGAAGCCCCCGCUCGGACCCGCCGCGGCGUCAAGGGCGAAUCCUGCAAGAGAACUCCGCUGUUUGUGGAUUUUAAAGACAUCGGCUGGGACACGUGGAUCAUCCAGCCGCUGGGCUACGAGGCCUACAUGUGCAACGGCGUGUGCGGCCCGCCCAUGACCUCCGAGGUCUCGCCCACCAAACACGCCAUCGUCCAGACGCUGCUGAGCGUUAAGAGUCCGAAGAGGGCAUCGCGUGCCUGCUGUGUACCCACUAAGCUGGAGCCCAUUUCGGUCCUUUAUCACGAUAACGGGGUGAUCACCUUCAACCCCAGUUAUGAGGGCAUGGUCGUGUCAGAGUGUGGCUGCAGAUAGUGAUACACGCUCACGCAGAGAUACAGACUGUGCACUGGCGGAUUCUAACGUACGCUCGUCAUAACCGCGCAUAGUUACGCUCAAAACUGCGACGGUGUCAAUUGUAUAAAUCCAAAUCUUCGUGAUUAUUUCGUUCUAUGGAAACGUCUUGGUACGCUUCGUUAUCGGCGACGUUUAAACCAGUGAUUCCCGACCACCGAUCGUUAGGUGUUGUCCGACGCGCAACUUGGUCUGAAAAUUAUUUUAUUUGCCACGAGUGGAAGAUUCUCGAGGUCGUGCACAGGGUGUCAAACCCGAGGCCCGGGGGGCCGGAUCUGGCCCGCCGAGGCACACCACGUGCAUCGACCUUCAUUUUUGUUACAAAUCUGGAUCAAAAUUUCAAAUUGUCACAUCAUAAGCGGUAACGUUGAGAUGUUGCAAGGAUUUGCGCGUUACCAAACGUCAUCAAUAGUUGAAGAAACCCAUUGUCCUUGAUUUAUGGUUCCAGAACUAGUUCAUAAAUUUCAGGUGUAAAUAUGACGAGGCGAAAGAUUAUCAGGGUUUCACAGUCAUAAUGGCCCUCUUGGGGAAUCUAUAACUACAAAGUGGCCCGCGGGAAAUAUGAGUUUGACGCCCAUGAAAGGGGGAACUGUGAGACCGGGGGAUUUCCCAAGAACCGUCUCCUAGGUAAACCCGGAGUUCGCCUGUUCAUAACACAUGCGCAUUCAUCACAAGGAGACGUUUCAGCACGGGGGAGCGCUCAGACCGUCACACUGUUCUGUACUAGACUUGCCGCGGAUUCAGUUUCCACUCAGUGACGGUGUCCAUAUGCGUCCUCUGACUGACUGGGGACCGGUUCAGGGUGUCUUCUGGGUCUCAAAGUUAGCAAUGAAAUCCUCUUUCACAAGAUGGCGGAAGCUACAGAAUUAACCUGUACCGCAACUUUUUGUGAUAUUUUUGUUUUGCGGUGUGCCGUAAAAUACCGAAUAUAAAACGUGCCUUGGCUCGAGAACGGUCUGGAAACACUGGUUCAAACCUGAAUAUCAUCUCGGCGGCGUCCAAAUGGCUUCUAGUCCCACGUUGGUCUUCAGAUCUACACACUAAAACAAAUCGACCGGUGCCAAGUGGUCAAAACUGUUGAUUUCUUUGAUCGUACCUUUACAAUUAUACG